GUGUACGACACGCGCGGGUUCUACGGAAAAGAUCCUGGCGAUCUGUCUGAGCGUCGCGCCAUUCGCGAGCGCCUCAACUGCCACUCCUUCAAGUGGUUCCUGGAGAACGUUCACCCGGACCUUUGGGUCCCAGACAUUCACCCAAAGUUUUCAGGCAUCAUCAGCGACCCAUCCGUGAAGCUGAUCAAUGUGUUUGAGGUGUUCCUGCCGCAGCUGCUGCUGUAUCCAAACGCCUCUGAUCCCCUCAACGGCGAGGCAGCGUCCCUCUACGUCAACAACAAGAGCGACUUUGUUCGCCGCGUCAAAGAGACGGUGCGGCGGUUUGCGCAGCUGGAGCACUUGCAGGCGCUGGACGGCCGGCACCCGGCCAGCCAGAAGCCACACGCCACACACGCGCAGGACGCAACGACGGGCGAUGAUGAGGACGAGCACAAGGCCAAGCGCAGCGCAACCACCGCCACGACAGAGAAUGGCAUUGGUCACGGUGGCAUGGAUGGUGACGGCGAUGUCGACGACGACGACGACGACGACGACGCCGGUGAUGAAUCGGAUUUGGAGGUGAUGGACUCGGAUGAGGAUGAGGAGAUUGCAGACGCCAGCCUGACAUUGUGACGCCGAUGCACUCAUUGUGCGUGCGCAUGUGUUAAUGUAUGGACCGUCUGAUGCUGAACAUAAUGUAUGCCGUGUUGUUGCGGUGAUGUGAUGUGUUGUGUUGUGAUGUGUUGUGAUGUGAUGUGAGCUUGAUCGCAUCACGCGUGUGUGGUCGCUCGUCUGCCAUGGCUUUGGGUCGUUGCCCUGUUGUCACAUGUCAUGUGUGUGUGUGUGUGUGUGUGUGUGUGUGUGUGUUGCGUGUUGUUUUUGUUGCGCAUAAUUGAUCUGUGGCGUUUGAUGCAGUUUAAUGUCAGGGCAUUGUUUGCCUGUUGGGUUGUUCAAGGGUGCGUGUGUGCAUCAUAUGCAUAUGUGUGUUGUCAAUACCCAAUCUACAAGAAGACCACUUCAACAAGCCGUGCUCAGCGUGAUUCGUAUGUACAGUUAUGCGCGAAG